AUGUCAUCCAGAACAAGAUAUUACUUGGAACAAUGUAUUCCAGAAGUUGAUGACUUAGUGCAGAAGAAGUUAUUCACUAAGAAUGAAGUAAACAAAAUUAUGAAGAAAAGGACUGAUUUUGAACACAGAUUGAGUUCGAGAGGUUCAAGUAUAAGUGAUUACAUCAGAUAUAUUGAAUACGAGAAGAAUGUCGAUGCAUUAAGAAUGAAACGUGUUAAACGUAUCUUGCAAUCGAACAAAUCAAAUAGUAUUUCGGAUUUUACCAUACAGCAGAGGAUUCUCUAUAUUUUCCAAAGAGGCUGCAAUAAGUUCCCAAAAAAAUUGAAAUUUUGGUCUUUAUAUUUGAAUCAUUUAAAAUCAAAGGGUACAAAUGCCUCUUAUAAAAAGAUUCAAAACGUCUACAAUCAAUUGCUCAAAUUACAUCCAACAAACGUUGACGUUUGGAUAUCAUGUGCUAAAUAUGAAUACGAAUUGCACGCAAACUUCAAGAGCUGUAGAAAUGUUUUUCAAACUGGUCUUAGAUUUAAUCCAGAUGCUUCUAAACUCUGGUACGAGUACGUUAAAUUCGAACUGAAUUUCGUGACAAAAUUGUUAAAUAGAAGAAAAGUGAUGAAUUUAAUCAACGAAAGGGAACAAGAGCUAGAUAUGCUACAACAGCAAGAGGAAGGAAGAAACUCCAGUAAUGUAACAGGUCUGGAAGAAACUGCAGAUGACGAAGCAUACUUUGACAAAGACGGAAUUCAACUUCCAAGUACUGGUGACAAGAUGAAAGAUAAACUAAACGAGUUACCAGAAGCCGAUAUGAAUAUGCUUGGAUCAGAAGAAACUAAUCCAGCACUACGUGGUGAUGUCGCAUUGGUUAUAUUCGAUAUCGCAAUGAAGAAUCUGGGCACAUCUUUUGUCAAGAAACAUCAAGGAUACUACGCCGUUACCAAUUCGCAAGUCGAUGAAGAGCUCAGCAGAAACGUUAUGUCCUACCUGUUUGAUAGAUGCCUCGAGUAUAUCAACUUAUUUUCGGAAUUUCAAGAUUUAAAAAGAGAAUAUCUGAUAAAUCACGUAUUGCAAUGGCUAAAGGACGAACAUUAUAAUAUUUCCCUUGAGAAAAGUAUGCCAGAAAAAUAUGUGGAAUUAUUAUUGCAUGAUGUUACAUUAAAUAUCAAAUUCAUGCCUGCCGGCGAAUUAAACAUCGACAGUCUCCAAUUGUCCUUCAAAAAGUAUUCUGCAUACAUCAGCAAAUUAGAUGAGACGAAUGCCAAACAACUUACUACAUUAUAUUCUGGUUAUUUGACCCAACAUCUAUUAUCCAAUAUGGAUAAAUCUGAUUCGAAGUAUGCUAUUUUGAAUGCUAUUAUCAAGAAACUGUAA